UCCUUGGCCAUGACGCUCUCCAACCGCCCACGUUCUUUUCAACCCCACUAUAUUACAAGCCCCACAAAUCCCACUCAACCCACAUACACACACAUGCUCCGGCACUAACUCUCACACCGGCCGGUGACCCUUCGUUGAAGUCUUGAAGAUUUCCCAGUCUCUCUCCCCGCCGGCCUCAAAAUGUUCACAACUUGUGGUGGUGGUCACGAAACGGCGUUGCAGUGCCCUCCUCGGCCAUUGCCGAUGGACAGAAGGUGGAAGCCCAACGUUGAAAUCGCUCCCAACUGCCCUCGCUGUGCCUCUUCCAACACAAAGUUCUGUUACUACAACAACUACAGCUUGUCACAGCCUAGGUACUUCUGCAAAGGUUGUCGGAGGUACUGGACCAAAGGUGGGUCUCUCAGAAACGUUCCUGUAGGUGGCGGUUGCCGGAAAACUCGCCGUUCCAAGUCGGCUAGGUUCCCACAUACGCAACGGGUUUCGCUAACUUCUUCUCAUAAUGCCAAUUAUGAUCAGCAAUCAACUGAUUCUUGUUCCUCUAAUGGGGACUCGGUGUCUCAACGAACCGAAACCAAUGGGUCGGGCGUCGAUCUUGCGGUUGUUUUCGCCAGGUUCUUGAAUCAGAAUCCAAGCAACAUCGAGCCGGCGUUCACAGUCCCGGAAUUGCCUGAUAAUAACUCCAACGCGGUGUCCGAUUCGCCCAAGUCUUUAAAUCCGGGUAGCGAGCAAAACAGCGUAGCGUUCGAAUACCAGAAGCCCAUUGGAGAGGCUGAUAUUCAUGAUAUACUACUUGAAGGACUUUCUGGAGAAGAAAAAGUUCAAGAACUCAUUGAAGACGAUGUGAAUGCAUUCGGGAUAGAGACUUUGUUGGAUAAUGAAGUAGCCCAAGAUGUUUUGUGGUCCGAUGCUGCAACUUUGCCGAAUUUAAUGUGGCAACCUAUGCUGCAAUUGCAAGAGUUGGAGUCGAUUCAGUCCAAUGAUCAGUUAAGGAAUUCUACGAAUCUAAUUAGCGACAGUUGGAGUUCCUUCGAUCUGUCUGGUUUCGAGGUUUUUUCAAGACCUUGAAGUGUACUACACAAAUUAACUUCCUUUCUUUUUUUUUUCCCUGAGUUAUUUUCCUCUUCCUUAAGAAAGCUUACGUGUCCAUGGAAAUGUUAAUGGUAUGGACAUUAAUUAUAUUAUAUAUUUCAAUGGAACUAUACAAUA